AUGUCUCCCCAAGACGAUGCACCGGCUGGCAGUGAUGACAAGGAAGCCGCCGAUUUAGAAAAGGGCGAGGAAGGCAAAGGCACCGCCGACGGACCCAAGCGUAUCACCUUCCAGCAGCCAAGGAGAGAUGAUGAACGCCCAACUCGUCGUACCUCUGGCGAGCGUGAACGUCGCCGGUCGCGCUCUAGGAGCCGUCAUUCCUUUAGCAGCGUUCGUGGAGGUACUGGCAACAACGCUCUCACCGGUAUCCCUAUCGAGUUCCGCACGCUGUCCAUCCAAAUCAGCGAGUCUCGCAAUGUCUCUACGGACGUCGCUAAGGAAGGGUCCAGUGCAAGCGUCCACAACGACAAGGAAUACUUCGAGAAGCUCGACUUCCAUAUCCUCUCGAAGGACACACUGUGCCAACAAUUCAACGUCUCGUCCGAUCAAGGUCUCAGCGCCGAAGCUGCAAACACCCGUCUACAGAGAGAUGGGAAGAACACUAUCCCUCGUCGUCGCCCCAACUACCUUCGCAAGAUCCUGGGUUAUGUCUUUGGUGGUUUCUGCUCCGUCCUGUGGGUGGGUGUGAUUAUCUUCUUCGUCUGCUGGAAGCCCCUUAGCAACCCACCAUCACCAGCAAAUCUGGGCAUGGCCGUCCUCGUCCUCAUCGUCAUCUUCCUGCAAGCUGGCUUCUCGGCUUUCCAAGACUGGUCUACCAACCGUGUGAUGAAUUCUAUCCUCGAUCUUUUACCUGUGGAGGCUCAGGUCUUGCGCAAUGGCGAGAUCGUUCGUAUCCCAGCUACCGACCUCGUGGCCGGAGACAUCGUGCAUAUCUCUUCUGGUAACAAAGUGCCGGCGGAUAUGAGGCUCAUUUCGAGUUCUGGUGAUGUACGCUUCGACAGAUCAGUUCUCACUGGAGAAUCCGACGAGGUUGAAGGUGCCCUGGACGCCACGGAGAACAACUUCCUCGAGACCCGUAACAUCGCUUUCAUGGGAACCGGCGUUACAAACGGUCAUGCCGUUGGCCUUGUGGUCUUGACAGGCGGCCGCUCUCUCAUGGGCCGUAUCGCCAUGGUUACCACUAAUGUCAAGGAAAAGCCAACGCUCAUCCAAAAAGAAAUCAGCCGGUUCAUUCGCAUCAUCGUGGGUUUGACGUGUGUCCUCGCCUCGCUUCUACUGUUCAGCUGGGUCGGGUGGAUCAGGAUUAAACAUGCUGCGUUCAUGGAUGUCGUCGCUAUGCUGAACAAUGUCCUUGGAUGUGUCGUUGCUUUCAUCCCUGAGGGUAUGCCUGUUGGAGUCGCCCUUACGAUGAUGAUGAUCGCUAAUCGCAUGAAAUCUGCCAACAUCUUGCCCAAGGGCCUCUCCACUGUCGAGACUCUCGGCUGUGUUAAUGUCCUCUGCUCUGACAAGACCGGUACCCUGACCCAAAACUUGAUGACUGUCAAGUCCAUUGGUCUCGUGGACCAGGAAUAUACCGUUGAGGAGCUCAACGACGCUCUCAAGGAAGGUAACCAUGGCGGCGUUCUUGGGGAGUUCCACCGCGGCUCCAUCCUCUGCAACGAUGCUUUCUUCGAACCCGCAACCAUCAGCCAGCCUCUUGACGAGAGAGCGAUGAACGGCAAUGCGACUGAUUGCGCUAUUCUACGCCUAGCCGAAGCAGCAUUGCCAUCAAAGCGUGUCGUUGCCGAGUUCGACAGGGUUUUCCAAAUUCCGUUCAACUCACAGAGCAAGUGGAUGCUUACAAUGCACAAACCACAGGGCACAAAUACCUCUAGUUAUGACGUCUUCGUCAAGGGAGCACCAGAUGUUCUCCUUCCAAUGUGUACUUCGUACUGGUCAGGGAAAGAGGGCAGAGUCAUGCGACUGAAUGAAUCGGCAAAACGACAGCUGUCAGAGUUCCAGGAGAAGCUUUCACGGAAGGCCGAACGAGUUAUCCUCCUCUGCCAGCGACGCUAUACGCCCCAAGCGCCUCUUGGCUCCAACUACUUCGGUGACGAAAUCAAGACAAACUGUAUCAAAGACCUGACUGUUAUUGGCCUGUACGGUAUCAUCGACCCUCCACGCCCAGAGGCUAGGUCGACAAUUGCUUCCUGCCGUCGAGCUGGGAUUCGCUUCUUCAUGGUUACUGGAGAUUUCGGCUUGACAGCCACAGCGAUUGCGCGCGACAUUGGUAUUUUCACAGGAACUGCUGACCCUGAUCGUGUCCGCGAUUUUGACGACAAGACUAUUUCUCCCGUGGAUAAGAACAAUCAAGUCCAGCUGGCUGACACUUCUUCCUCUAAAAGCCUGCUGGUUGAAGGACCCGAAAUUUCGGCUCUUACUCAGGACAAAUGGGAUAUAAUUUGCAAGUAUGAGGAGAUUGUUUUCGCACGUACGACUCCUGAGCAGAAGCUCCGCAUCGUUGAAGAGCUCAAAGCUCGUGAUAACGUUGUUGCGGUUACCGGUGACGGAGUAAAUGACGCCCCCGCUCUCCGGGCUUCUGACGUCGGAAUUGCUGUCGUGUCUGGAAGUGAUGUGGCCAUCGAAGCUGCUGACCUGGUCCUGCUGGACAAGUUUGAUUCCAUCGUUGAAGCCGUCCGAUUGGGCCGCCUUGUCUUCCAAAACCUUCAGAAGCUCAUCAGUUAUCUCCUCCCCGCCGGAAGUUGGUCUGAGAUAUGGCCGGUGCUUAUGAACCAGUUCAUCGGUGUCCCUCUCCCCCUCAGCUCUUUCCUGAUGAUCAUCAUUUGCGUAUUCACGGAUUUGUUCCUGUCGUUGUCUCUGAUCAUGGAGAAAGAAGAGUUUGACCUUCUCAGCCUCCCACCACGCAAUCAUAAGAAGGACCAUCUUAUCAACUUCAAGAUAUAUGCCCAGUCAUAUUUGUUCAUUGGAGUGAUGGAAACCGUGUGCGCCCAUGCGAUGUUCUUCCUAUACAUGUACCGCAAGGCCGGCAUCCCAUUCCACUCCCUCGUCUUCGCGUAUGAAAAGUACUCCGAUGGCUUCUAUGGCUAUACCAAGGCCGAACUCACGAACUUCAACAAUGUUGGGCAAUGCGUUUACUUCGUCACCCUGGUGGUACUGCAGUGGGGGAACAUCUUGUCCAUUCGAAACAAGCGGCUCUCGAUUCUGCAGGCAGAUCCAAUCCGAAAGCAACGUCGCAACCCAUGGCUUGCAGGUGCUGUCUUGGUUUCACUUGCAAUCGCAGUCUUCGUUACUCAAACGCCUGGCAUUAACAGACUUUUCAACACUGCCCCUGUGCCGAUUGAGCACUGGUUGCUACCCAUUCCGCUGGCGGUUGGUAUUCUCUGCAUGGACGAGUUUAGAAAGUUGCUGGUUCGGCUGUUCCCACGGGGCCCUAUUGCUAGAAUUGCCUGGUGA